GAAGGGUGAAUAGGGAGCCGCCGCCUUCCCGUCCAAUCAGCAAGAGGUGGAACUCGUCCAAGUGCAGAACCGGGUCUGCUAUGAGCUGCCUGAUGCGCAGAGCAGAGCCAGACUGACAGGGGGGCCAGGGAGACACACAGGGGAAAGAGAGGAAAAACCCUGCCAACAGCACUCACAGACCAGCCCAGCUCCAAAAAAACGGGAUCAGCCUCUCCUGGACCGCGUUCAAGUCAGCCCAGCACAGCCACCCUCCAGGAGUGCAGGAUUGCAAGUAAAGCUAGGCACAGCAGGCACUCAGGCAGCUCUCACUGCCUUGUACUUUGACUUCAUCACCCUGCCAAGACUAUUUUCUUCCGGCUCUGCUCUUUAUUCCUUACACGUAUUUAUAUAAAACCAUCGCACGAGCAAACAGCAAACACAUCAACCCACAUAAGACUCGCAGUCACUCCCGGGAACUAGAUUUGAUAAUAAAAAAACUAAAACAAACAAAAAAACAAAAAAACAAAAACAAAAAAACAACCCCUGCCAGAGAGAAAUUAGCUGUCACCUAAGAAAUGUGAAGCCACCGCGCCUGUGCUGUGCUCAGAUUACAGGAUCCCUUUAAUUUAAUGCAAUACAGUGCAAUGGAUGAGUUCCAUCCAUUCAUUGAGGCUCUUCUUCCACAUGUCCGUGCAAUCGCUUAUACGUGGUUCAAUCUCCAAGCCCGUAAGCGCAAGUACUUCAAAAAACAUGAAAAGCGAAUGUCGAAGGAUGAGGAGAGGGCAGUUAAGGAUGAGCUUUUGAGCGAGAAGCCAGAAAUCAAGCAGAAAUGGGCAUCCAGGCUCCUAGCCAAGCUGCGCAAAGACAUCCGCCAGGAGUACCGGGAGGAUUUUGUGCUCACGGUGACAGGGAAGAAGCACCCCUGCUGUGUGCUAUCAAACCCAGACCAAAAGGGCAAGAUCCGGAGGAUCGAUUGCCUGCGGCAGGCCGACAAGGUCUGGCGUUUGGAUCUGGUCAUGGUCAUCCUCUUCAAAGGUAUCCCCCUGGAAAGUACAGACGGGGAACGGCUAGUCAAAUCACCACACUGCACCAACCCAGCACUUUGCGUCCAGCCACAUCAUAUAACUGUAUCGGUCAAGGAGCUUGAUUUGUUCUUGGCGUACUAUGUACAGGACCAAGAUCCUGGACAAUCAGGAAGCCCAAGCCACAAUGAUCCUGCCAAGAAUCCACCAGGAUACCUUGAAGACAGUUUUGUAAAGUCUGGAGUUUUCAAUGUUUCAGAGCUAGUGCGGGUGUCUAGAACACCCAUUACACAAGGCUCUGGAGUGAAUUUUCCAAUUGGAGAGCCACUAAGCCAGCCAUACUAUCACGACAUGAACUCAGCGGUCAGCUUACAGAGGUCACUGUCCUCUCCACCAAGCAGUAAAAGACCCAAGACCAUUUCUAUAGAUGAGAAUAUGGAGCCAAGUCCAACUGGGGACUUUUACCCUUCUCCGAAUUCACCAGCAGCUGGAAGUCGGACAUGGCACGAUCGAGAUCAAGAGUUCACAGGCCAGCCAACCAGAAGCAAGCAGUGGAAAAUGGAGGAUGUCGAGGCUUCUGACUGUUGUUGGCUUAAGAUCAAAAUGCAAGAUAUGUCCUCCCCAACAAUGAAGAAGCCUGAAAAGCCAUUGUUUAGCCCAACAUCUCCACAGGAUUCUUCGAGACUGAGCACUUUUCCCCAACAUCAUCAUCCGGGGAUUCCAGGAGUGGGACAUAGUGUCAUCUCAACCAGGACUUCACCAUCCCCUCUCCCGUUUUCAACCCAAGCUAUUCUUCCUCCGGCCCCAAGUUCCUACUUUUCUCAUCCAACGAUCCGAUAUCCUCCACACCUGAAUCCUCAGGAUGCCCUGAAGAACUAUGUUCCUUCUUAUGACCCGUCCAGCCCGCAAACAAGCCAGCCUAACAGCAGCGGGCAAGUCGUAGGAAAGGUCCCUGGCCACUUCACUCCUGUGUUGGCGCCAUCACCCCAUCACGGUGCAGUGAGACCUGUCACACUAACCAUGACUGACACCAAGCCCAUCACUACAUCCACUGAAGCCUACACAGCCUCUGGCACAUCGCAAGCCAACCGAUAUGUGGGACUAAGCCCAAGAGAUCCAGCCUUCCUACACCAGCAACAGCUGAGGAUUUGUGACUGGACCAUGAAUCAAAACGGCAGGCAUUUAUACCCCAGUGCCAGUGAGGAUACAUUGGGAAUAACUUGGCAAAGAAAACUCCAGAUAGGAAAGGUUAUAAGAUUGCUUCUGUCUCCUGGUAUUUUAGAAGAGAAGAGACCUUUCAUUGAACAGUGGGCAGUCUCUUUCUGCAAACAAAGUCCUGGUACCUGGGCUAGUUUGGUUCCUUUCCAAGUAUCAAACAGGACAUCAAUCCUGCCAAGCAAUGUCCAAAAUUAUGGGCUAAAUAUAAUUGGAGAACCCUUUCUUCAAGCAGAGACAAGCAACUAAGUAAAAAAAAAAAACUUAAAAAAAUGAAUAAAUAAAUAAAUGAACAGAAGAAGGAAGAAAGGACAUGAAGAAAAGAAGAAAAAAAACACGAAAAAGAGAGGAAACUGACCAGCAUUUGCAGCACUUACAAUCACUGAUUCCUUUAACCUUUUUUGUACUUGCAGGACCUGCAAGGCAAUGCCAAGCAUUAGCUUUCAGGACUUCACAGCACUAAGGGGUUAAGGCUGAAGCAGUCGUGACACUGAAAGGGUGGCUAAUAUAUUUCACGGAUGGGUAGAAUGCAACUCCUGCUAAACUAGCCUUUGUUAUCUGAUGUCCGCUGGGAAAUAGGCACUCUUUCUCCACGACAAUAUAUUUUAUAUGACUUUUCUAGAUGCCUUAAUAAUUGCAUGAUAAGCUAGUCCUGUUUGGUUUUAGUCUUCUUGUUGUUUACGCAUGGGAACACUACUCCCAUUUUUCUCACUAAAGAAAGGCUGUGAGGCAGCUUCAGUGCUGCAAAAUAAUGGGCCGCAAUUCUGCCCGUACCGCGGAUCUCCUUAUAUAGAAGAGUUGUCAUAUUUUACAGCAUGUGGAAAGAAAAUACUAAAUGACCUUCAAUCAUUAAUUUCAGGAAGAGAUGUAACUACAAGAAUCCCUGGUAUACACUUUGCAUCAUUUUUAAUGUGCUACCUAAUUUGAGAUGUCAGCAGAUUUGUGUCCAUCAAAUUAUUGCUGAAAUCAAUUGCCUUUGUACAUAUAUACGGAGUUCCCAGCUCAAGAAUCAGUGUAACAAUGGAACAUAUUGCCCAAACAAAGAUUAAAUUAGAGGCAAGUGCUAGUAAAUAAUUAUUUAAUGGGGCAUAAUUAUAGUUAGUCCUUUAGCCCUCUGACUCUAAACUACAGGGCUUGAAAAGCUACAACCUGCUUAGUGCCAGACAAAACCUAUGAUGUUCUGGUACUGACAGGUAAAAAUAGAUUACAGAUAUUUAAUUCCCUCAGUGUUUGAGGGCUAUUUUAAAGAGAAAUCCAGACAAAUCAUGUAUUUGAAAUAUUGAAAGGAAAGGAUUUGUAGCACUUAUAUUGGUUAGGCUACCCAAUAAGGGGCCAAGUGUUUAUUUAUUUAUAAUUAUCGUUUUCUGCGGGGGGAAAGGGGGUGGGCAUCAGCAUUAGUAAGACAGAGCCAAGACACAAAAACAUAUACUGUACAGUUCAGCUGUCAGUCUGCCUAACGUGAAUAGCAAUGGCUUAUAGACCAUGUUCUUCUGCUGAAGUGUGUAUGGCGCUGUCAGUAAAUCGCUCUUUAACCCAUAUCCUCAAGAUCAAAUGUAAUUUCACAUGGCCUACAGAAUUAUGCCUCUUUUAACUCAUAUGGUAAAAAAAGAGAAUAGUAAUUUAAUACACUAUCCAGUAGUUCUAAUUUGCACGAAAAUAUAAUGUCCACGUUACGUGCCUUGCCUUGAAUUAAAAAAAAAAAAAGGUGACAUCACUAAAGUUGUUUUGCUGCAUUUAUUAUCAUUUUAAAUCUUUACCAUUUUUAUGACAAAAUAUUUUGUACUCCAUAGAGGAAAGAACAAUUAUGUAACAUCCAGGAUUUUUUAGACAGCUAUACCUUCUCACAUUUAUAAAGCAUAUCAUGGCUGUGUAUAAUUGCCGCUUAAAAAAAGUAGUAAUCAACCAGCAAUAUUUUCAGUAUUUUGGUGUUUUUUCUACUAACCUUUCAUGUUUUUCAUCUUCCAAUUAAUGUGGGAAAGUGGGAGGGAGCAGGUAUGGGUUAAAAUUUUUACAAAUUAUGCAAUACCAAGUUUUGCCUAUGUACGUAGUGCUUUUAGCAGUAUUUGGUUAUUUUAGGUAAUUUCGCAGAUAAAAAAAAAAAAAAGAAAAGGAAAAAAAAAAAGAAUUUAAUGUAUGCUUUUUUUUUUCAAUUGACCAAAGUGGGUACUGCUUUUUUGCAGUGUGAUGAGGUCCUUUUGUGUACUGACAUGGAGAGGGAAGUUUGUUUUAUAUAUGCGUAUAAUAUAUAUAUAUAUAUAUAUAUAUAAAUAUAUAUAUUAUGGGUGGGCGGUUGGACAAAUGGAAAUUUUAGCUCUUUAUAAGGCUGCCGUAAAGCAGAAUGCCCAUAGAUUGGCCAUGACUGCAAAGUGACCCAUAUUGUCUGCUGUAAUACAGAAUCACAAACAUUUGUUCUUAAAAGAAAAAAAAUAUAAAUGAAUAAACAUAACCAUAGUGUAAUGAAAUUGAUUUAUUAUGCACCCUAAAAAUACUGGAAUAUGUCAGGGAUAAGACUUGAAAAUCUUUCACUGUAAUGUUAGUCUCAUGAGGCUUAUACCACAGCGUUUCUCACUGUAAACAAAAGAGUCAUGCAUACUGCACAUAACGUAGUAUUGCACAUAUACUACAAUUCAUUUUAGUUAAUGUUUCUAUUGACUACAAAGCCUUAAUAUUUAUAAGGAGUAAAAAAUAAAGUAUUUUAUAUAUGAAUAAAUGUACAUGUUACCUUUAUUCAGUUUAGUUAAAUAAUAGUCUACCUUUGUCCCAUGACCACUAGAACAAUUCUACAUUGCAGAAUUUUGUCUGCCAUUUUAAUUUAUUACUUCCUGUGUAAAGCAGCAAUUUUGUUUACUUUUGAUCAUAUUUAUCCAUAUUAAUAUAACCUACAUCAACAUUGUCAUUCACAACUCUUCUAGAGUCAUUUCCCUUCAAAUUCUUCUGUAAAACAUAUCUUAGGAUUCCUUUUAUCAAAGAUUCAUCUGGACUCCUUAAACAGUGACCCUGUGCAGGCAGCAGUUAAUUUUAAUUAAUGGCAGUCAUUGAUCACUUUACAAGGCAGAGGAUGAGUGCCUGGUGAAUCUCAGUGAAUGUUCUUUAUUUAAUAUGAUUUUACAAACCCCCCGGUGUGAAUUCACUCAUCAGUUAAAUACACAUAAGUGAAACAUGGCAGCAGAAUUGAGGAACCCUGGUGACCACAUCCUCAUACAAUUAAAUGUAUUAUUGUUCUCACUGCCAAUCACAUAAUGAAUAGAUAUAACUGGGAUUAUGUGCUAACUCCAUUUGAUUCACUCACUCAGGCGAAUCUCUUAAAAUACUCAAUAGCACAGCAGGAAAACGAACGCAAACAUGAACUUGUGCGAACCACUACAAUGAUAAUUAUCCUUAUAUCAACAUACACAUUAAUCUCCUCUUUAUUAGGGCUAGUUGUCAAAGACAAUCAAUAUGACAUGAAAUAACGUUUUAUUUGGAUAUUUGCACUUUUUAGCACAUUUAAAUGGUGUCUUUAAGAAUUGUUACUUGCUUGUAAUGGAGCUUGUAAAAUUGCAGACCAUGUCUGCAGAAUAUCUUAAUUUACCAACAUAAUUACAGUAUCUUGAAAAAAUUACAUAAUUAUGAGGCAACGCUGUGGUUUCAUUCUCUGACCUUUCUUCUGUAGUUGGGUUUCUCAACUAUUUUAUUAUUCUAUUUUCUGCUUGAUAUCCCUUUUUUCAUCUGUAGCUGUUUAGCAAAUGCACACUUGUGUCUGUAAAUGUUAAUACAUUUUCCCAAGCUUUUUGUACCAAUUUUAUAUUUUACUGACAGUGAAAUAUUCACUUAACCAGCAGGAAAAAGUAAGGUAUUUAAUAUCUGAUAUGUGACACUACUCUAACAAAUUUAUUUUGGCGCUUUUUAUAAUACAUGUUGAGAAACCCUGCUAAAAAAAAAUCGUAAUGAAAUAAAGGAAAAUGUUUAUUUUAAUUUGGCCUUCCCCUUUAAAAUAAAUAAAUUCAGGUUAAAAUGUCUAGCACCUUGUCCCUCUCUUCCACAUCGAUUAAGAUGACAACUUGUAACAUUACCAGGCACCUAAUCAUCCCGCAUAAACUGUUCUGCCUCUUAUUUAAUUGCUUUGCAGUCUUGGCCUCUUGGCGUUGCCUCUGAAGUGUGUUUCCCCUAGAGUGACAUGAACUUUUUAAGGCUUAGUAAAAGAAAAAAGGAAAAAUAACAGUAAAGGAGACUGUACAUAGACAUGGCAAAUAAAAAAUAAAAUCCUAAAUUAUAGCAAUAUAGCUAUGGGGUAAUGUUCAGAUGGGCAGCUUGAAAAAAAAAAUAGAUAAAUAUGUGAAUGAAUCUGUGAAGCUGUAAGUAGCGAAAACUGAGGGGCUUUGUAAUGAACCUUACAGACAGUUAUUUGUACACUGUAUAAUUUUGUUAAAAUUUUUGUUGAGUUACACGUGCCCUCCUUUGUAAAGCUACCUUUUUAGCAUUUGCAAUGGGAAUAUAUUUUAUUUCCAUUUUUUAAAGUAAACAAGAAUAUUGCUUGUGUAGGAACUGGACUUGGGUUAAAACUCUCCGGAUCCUUAAUUUAUGUAUUAGAAAAAUAAUAAAAUAAAAAAAGUUUAAAAAUGCUGUCCAUGUUAGGGAUUUGUUUCAGAGUCACUUGUACUUAAAAAGUAUAGGUUGCUAAACAUUUAAGAAAAAAUGUAAAUGGAGAAAAGUUAUAUUUUAUGAAGGUUAUUUUGUUGUAUUUAGUAUUUGAAAAAGUUGGUUUUUGGAGCAUUUCAGAAUGUUGGAAGCAUCACUGUCUUAGUUUAUAUGUGACUGUCCUCUAGCAAAAUGAAUUUUGUGAUUGUGAUUACAUGUUGGUAUUUAAGAACUGAGUAUGCACAGCGAUCCUGAGAAAGCCGAGAACUUAGAACAGAACUCUUAAAGUCACACAUGACCAUGUCCUCAGGGAGCAUAAAUUUUGGAUGUGCAACUUGUAGCUUCACAAGGACUUCAUGGAAAGAGAUUGCAUAGGACGUAUUCAUCAGUUACACUACCCAUUUUUCUUUACUUUAGAUGAAACUUUGGUCCGUGAAGACAAAAGCCAGAUGGGAACACCCUGUUAUGUUUAUGGAUAAGGGAUGAGAUGUAUGGCUUUCAGAUUUUUGUGAACUGGGAGUCACAUCUAUACAUUUAAAAAAUGUUUUGUAAGAUUAGAAACCUGUAGAAAUUAUCCCAUAUUCAUUGUACAGUAUUCUUGGUUAAUGAAACAGCUCUAUAAUGUUGCUGGGAGUUAGGCCUCAAGCAUAGUUUACAUGUUCCUGUCAAGGUCUUUUGUUGACAUUAACCAGCUGCAUGCUUCGUGGACAUUUUUUUUAUAUUCCUUAGAAAGAUUUAAAGGUGCAGGCUAAGCUAUUUCAACAGGUGUAGUUGCACAUAAUACUCCAUUUGAAUUGAAGGAAGUACAAACUUUUCCUUCAGAAUUGCACUUUCUGCUAGUUUCCCUGUAAUCUAUUCCCUUCUCCACAACAUUAUUGUGUAGGCAAAGUGGGAGCAAUGCAGUUGGUACUUAACAUGGACAACUGUUUUUGCCCUUUUGCCCUGUCACAAUAACCCUUGCAUCAGACAAAUGUAUUGCCAUGACAACUCUUUGUAUUGUUUCCACACCACAACUGUCAGUCACAUUUUUAAUACUUAAAGGGGGACAAAAGAAACAGCUGGAGACGGUCAAUUUUUACAUAUUUUGUUGCAAUUGAUUUCCUUCAAUGGUUGUAAGUAGUUUUUCUAUGAUAAAAAGGGUUCAAUAGUUAUUACUCUUUAGAAAUAUCUGUGUGUUGCAGUUCAAAUGUAUGUUGGAUUUGUGAAAUAUUAAGCUUUAGUGGCACUUGAUGUCUAAGCUGUUACAUCGUCCCAAUAAGAGUCCUACAUCUGGGAUAGCAGCGUCACCUGGUUACACUAAAGCUAGUGUUUGUAGUACUUUAUUUUCGACAGAAUGGUUUUGAAACUGCUACAGGGACUGAUGUGGCAAAUGUCUCUCUUUAUGCAGAAGGAUGUUUUCGUGUUUUUUUUUUUGUUUUGUUUUUUAAAGAAGUAUGGCUUAUUAUGCAUUUUUCAUUGAGGGCAUUGAAGUUGCACGGACUGAUAAAGUGUUGAUGCAAAAUGAGAAAGAAAAAAAAACCAGCAAAAUGUUUACCAAAAAACUCAAAAUAAGUUAGCAGUGCCUGUUCAAUUUCACAGUCUCACUGUUGAGUUCAGUUGUAAAUAUGUUUCAGAUUCUCUUCUUCACAGAUAAAUAAUAAUAAUUAAAAAAGAAAAAAAAAAGCUACACCAUGUAGAAUGUGAGGGGGUAACUCAGUCCCCAGUCUGGGCUUCUGAAAAAUAAGGUGUUCUUCAUCGAGCUGUUUAUUUGUGCUUGUCAUAUAGGACUUUUUAGAAGCCUGGGAAAAGGUUACCCCCGUAUCAAUGAUAUUUCUCUGAGAACAACCUUUUGUAGGACUGUGUGUUUCUUUAGAUACAUUUAGUACAACUGUAGGUGACUAGUAGUCGGUUUAUUGCUUGCUAGCUACACACCAGGGUUGAUCCAUUUUAAAACUUUUGGCACCUCCUGUACCAUUUUACUCCUUUCUACAGGACACUUGUGUAGAUGUUUUCCAAACGGUAAUUAAUGUACAAACUAUUUAUAUAGUUAGAACACCUUAUUCUUUAUCACUGGUACUCAACGUUUGUCCACCUUUAGAGCACCACAGUUGAAUAAUGAAUUGUACCAUAUUUUAUAUAACUUCUUUCCUUUGCUGUGUUGCUUUCUCCACAGUUGCAAAUCUUUGGGAUGGAUUUACUAAAGGAUAGGUUAACUUUAGUUUAAGACCUCAUACAUAAGGCACCUGCUAUGCAAUGCACUUAGGGUCAUUUCAACUCCCAAUGGCAAACUUAACAAAAAAAAUUAGACAAACCACUGUUAGUGUCUGUUCACCUUGUUGUACAUGUAAUGCAGCAUAUGGAGCUCGUAGAGUAAACAUUACAUUGAACUCUUCAAGCAGUUGCAGUCAUUGGCAAUCUGCUUGCAUUGGUACACUCUUUAGGAUGUCCAGUUGCCAAAAUAACUAAUAGUGACUGAAAUCUUUUUUGCAUGAUUGUGAUGUCUACAUUUUAAAACUGUUUUCCAGACAAAAUGUAUGGUGGUAUGCUGAAUGCAUUUGCAUACUCCAGCACAGUGCUGUAAUGUAUAUUAAUCUUUUCCAUGACCGAUCUCUUUGUCACUUUGUUAGUUUUCAACUGCUUAAUUUUCCCUACUAAAAUGAAUCUAGGCUACUAAACUGAAGCUUUAACUGAUUGUUAUUAGUAAAUCCAUCCCAAUGUUUUGUUGGCUUCUGGCUUGAUAUGAACUUCUGUACAGGACUUAGAGAUGCAAUCUGAGCAAUAUAUCUUCCCAACAAAGGUUGAGUAUCACCCGGUUAGAUAUAUCUGAACUUCUGGGUCUCUAGGACAAUAGUGAGGCAACAAAUAAAAACGUUUUACAUGUCACAACGAUAAAUAAUGAAGCUUUUUUUGGGGGUGGUAAUUUCAUUGGAAAUAACAAAUGAACUCCAAUUUGCCAUAAGUUUUAAACUGGUGUAAAUCAAGCUUGACUUAAUGUGAUUGUUACUGUUAUAUCCAGCCUAUACUGCUAGCAGCUGCUCAUACUGCAGUCAAUUACUGGAAGCGGAUAUAUUUCCUAUGCAAAAACUGUUUAAACAAUAAAAUGAGCUAUGCUACAGA